AUGGAGUGUGUCACCGUCCGAGGCGUCCUCACAAUAACGCUACUAGCGGCUGUGAUCCAUCUGCUGCUGAAAGGAUGGUUCCAACGGCAUGACGCGACCGUGGGACGGCCGUGCCUGCGUCCCCAGCCGGCCGGACGGGACCUCACGGGAGGCCCGUAUGCACACGGGGCGGUCGCCACUGACGCCCUGGAGUGUUCGGCGAUCGGCAGUGACAUCCUGGAAAAAGGCGGUUCUGCCGUGGACGCCGCCAUCGCGAGCCUGCUGUGCAUCGGGCUGACCAACGCGGACAGUUCCGGGAUCGGGGGAGGUCUCUUCAUGACAAUCUACAACAGGGAGACCCGCACGGCGGAAACCAUCAACGCCAGAGCCAUGGCGCCUGCUGCGGCCACGGAGAACAUGUUCCAAUGGAACCACAAGCUGUCCACACUAGGCGGUCUUGCCGUCGCUGUACCCGGUGAAAUCCUGGCGUUCUGGAGGGCCCACCAGAGACACGGGAAGCUGCCGUGGAGAGACCUGUUCCAGCCGGCCAUUCAGCUGGCAGAGGAGGGCGUCUGUAUUGGAGGAUAUUUAGCCGCAACAAUAAACGAGAAAUCAGUCGAUAUGAAGAGACCGCAGAGCGGUUUGUGCGACGUAUUCUGUGACGAGAACAACAACGUUCUCAGGGAAAACCAGAUCAUGAAGCGAGCAAAGCUUGCAGAGACGCUCCGUGCGGUUGCUGAUGGAGGUGCAGACGUCUUCUACCAGGGCGAGAUCGCCAGGAAUCUGGUGAAGGACAUACGAGACGCAGGCGGUAUCAUCACAGAGCAGGACCUCCGGGACUACCAGGUGGAAGUGACGCCUCCCCUCAACAUCUCCCUGGCGGGAGGUCUGACUGUCUUGUCGCCUCCUCCUCCAGCAGGCGGGGCCGUCUUAAGUCUCAUCCUAAACAUCUUGGACGGUUACCGGUUCAGCCCCGCUAGUGUAGACGGGGUUGAUAACCAGAUCCUGACCUACCACAGGAUUAUAGAGGCAUUCAAGUUCGCCUACGCCAAGAGAAGUGAACUCGGAGAUCCCAACUUUGUGGACAUUGAUGAGCUGACCAGAAACAUGACGUCAGACGAUUAUGCAGAAUCUCUCCGUCGGCGAAUCACCGACGGCACGACGCACGACUACAGGUAUUACGACCCGUCUUUUGUCCUGCCUGAAGACAGCGGGACGUCACACGUGUCUGUUCUAGGGCCAAAUGGCGACGCCGUGUCGGUUACCAGCACCGUUAACCUGUGUUUAGGCUCCAAGUUACGGUCCGCUUCGACAGGGGUGAUACUCAACAACCUGAUGGACGAUUUCUCCUCCCCCAACCUCACCAACUUUUUCGGAGUUCCUCCUUCCCCUGCUAACUUCAUCAGACCCGGGAAACGGCCCGUGUCGUCCAUGACCCCGACCGUGGUGGUGGAUGGGAACGGUGACGUCAGACUGGUGACGGGAGCGUCCGGCGGCACAAAGAUCACCACGGCAACGGCUUACGUCCUGAUGCAGCACCUGUGGUUCGGGCUGGACCUCGGGCCUGCCGUGGAGACACCCCGGCUGCACCACCAGCUCCUACCUGAUCUCCUGUUUACUGAAAAAACUAGACCGUUCAAGCCAGAGGCCGUCCUGGAGGGUCUACAGAAGAAGAAUCACGUGACUGACGUGAUAUCCUCCGCCUGCGUCAAUAGCGUGGCCAGGAAAGGUGGCGUCAUCAGCGCGGCCAGCGACUCGCGGAAGGGAGGAUUUCCUGUGGGGUUCUGAUACGAGCAACAAGCAAGAUGCAUAUGUUCUAUUACUUUUGUAGCUCACUUGCGUCCAGAUUUUGGACGAACCCAGGUUAUUUCUUCUUUGCAGUUUUGCACGUAGUGGUUGCUUCAGCAGCCAUUCCGCUGACGCAAACACAGUUUGAGGUUCCACACAGUUCUCCCAACGUGAGCGCUUGCAUUUGUUUGUUGGUCUGGUGUUGCUGUCUUUGUUCGGUUGUUGCUAUCAACUAGCCUGUUAAAGAUUGAACCGAUACAUGUACCUACUAUAACUUGCCAUACCCUGCCAAAUA